AUGGCCCAAGCUGAACCAAUCAGCACGUUACGGCGGAGACGAGGCGCCCUAGCCCGUCGACUUGCAACCAUAAGGCGCGAACUCGAUGAAUACGAAGCGCCUGGGAAGGCAAACAGAAUCUUCCUAACAUCUUGCCGCAGCUCGUUCGAUGAGCUUUGGAGGAGGAUACUCGAAGUUCAAGAAGAGUUAGAUGUGUUAGAUGAGGGGGAAGAUGCGCGUGUAGAUUCGUUAUCGCAAGAGUAUCGGGAGCUUGACAUGCGGUUCCUAGGUCUCUUUGAGCAAAUAUCAGCAACAACCCCGUCGACUACAAAAAUAGGUGAGACAUGCCGGAAACCAGAGCCGACCACCGUUCCAGAGGUCCGCGUGCCCCAAUUCGACGGUGCCCUCGAGAACUGGACCUAUUUCUACGACACGUUCUCAUCCAUAGUGGACCGUAACGAAGGUUUGACGAAUGUCCAAAAGUUCCAGCAUCUACGCUCAUCUAUAACUGGACGGGCCGCACAGAGUAUCCAGUCAUUAGAACUCACAGAGGCCAACUAUUCCAUCGCGCUUGACACACUGAAGGACAAGUUCAAUUGCCCCCUCCAAAUCUGCAUGCGCCAUUGGAAUUUGAUGCGCAACUAUCCGGAAAUCAAAAAGGAAACUCCAGAAGCCCUAGAGGAUUUGUUGGAAACCAUCAGCGUAAAUCUAAAGGCGCUCGAACACCUAAAAGAGCCCGUCACAUCAAACAUAGCGAUGAUCGAAUUGAUCGCGUCGAAGUUGCCCUCGUCCAGCCUGCGUAAAUGGCAACGCACACUGCCCCGCCAAAAGGUGCCAUCCUAUCAGCAUCUGAUAGACUUUCUCAAAACACGGGCGAACGGGACUCAAUUCCUCUCUAAAGAGAAGGAAUCAAAAGGGUCAACCCACAAACACCACAGUCAGCGAACAACCAUACCGCAUGGGCGAACCCUUGCUACAACCAGCAGAACGGUGGUGUGUCCGACCUGCAACGGACCUCACGAGAUCAGACACUGCAAAAUCUUCAAGGCCAAAUCAGCGACCAAACGUUUUCAGAUCGUGAAGAAGGCAUCGUUGUGUAUAAAUUGCCUAGGCACAGGACAUUCGCCGACACAGUGUACAUCGGCACAGAUCAAGGUUUUGAACAAACAGGCACAACCAAUCCGAGUCCGAGCCUUACUCGACACUGGGUCGAGCAUGAACUUCAUGACCGACAAGCUCGCGAAUUCCCUCGGUAUAAAGCAAAGGAGAUGUGCGAUCCAGAUCGGAGCCCUCGACAAUUUGAGCACCACGGCAAAACGAUUCACCACGGCCACAAUCACGUCGACGGACGGCAAGUAUAAGAAAACAUUGAGAUUUCUUGUUAUCCCGGCCAUAUCGACCUUCAUACCAAGCGAGCCCAUCGACCCCUCGAGUCUGGGAUUACCCAGAAAUAUUCAACUAGCCGAUCCACAAUUCCAUUGCCCAGACCCGAUCGAUGUCUUACUUAGUACCGGAUCAACAUUUGCGUCGCUGUGCAUCGGGCAGGUCAAUCUGGCGCAACCAGGCGAACCUGAACUACGUCUACAAAAAACACGAUUCGGCUGGGUAAUCGGGGGGAGUCCCACGUCCCAAACCGCGAUAAAUACGUUCCACGCAACCACAACGGCUCUGCAAGAGGACCUCGCACGGUUUUGGGAGAUCGGCGAGGGACCGGCCACUACUCAUCUUUCGGAAUCUGAACGAUUAUGUGAAGAACAUUUCCGAAACCAUGUCCGACGAACCAAGGAAGGCAGAUACAUCGUUGCAUUACCAUUCAACGAAAAGCUUUCCUCACUAGGGUCAUCGAAGGCCACUGCAAUGAAAUAUUUAGACUUGGGUCACAUGACGAAGAUCAACACGGAUCACGCCACCGACCACGGAUAUUAUUUACCACAUCACGGCGUGAUCAAGGAAUCGAGCGACACCACCAAGCUACGGGUUGUGUUCGACGGCUCAGCUUCAAGUACCACGGGAAUGUCUCUAAACGACGCCCUUCAUACGGGUCCGAAAUUACAAGAAGACCCGAGAAACAUCCUAUUGAGAUUCCGGUCAUUUCAAUAUGUCCUUACCGGCGACAUCGAGAAAAUGUACCGUCAAUUCAUCCUACGUCCAGAAGAUCGUCCUUAUCAAAAGAUUCUGUGGCGUGCCGACAACGGAGAGAUCGAAACUUACCGACUCAACACCGUAACGUUCGGUCUAUCCGCAGCCCCGUAUCUGGCCAUCCGAUGUCUCAAACAGUUGGCAGAAGACGAGGGACCUCGAUUUCCGAGAGCAGCGCAGAUCCUGCGGCGAGACUUCUAUGUCGACGAUGCGUUGACCGGAGCCGAUACGAAGGACGAAGCCCUAUCAGUCAGGAAUGAUCUCACGAAAUUACUUAAGCUAGCCGGUCUAAAUAUCCGCAAAUGGGCAUCAAACGAUCGGGAUCUGCUGCGAGGGCUACCUGAGGAAGACACCAACCAGAAAUUACAUCUCGGUGAGUCAUCCACGUUAAAAACACUCGGCGUCUUUUGGGAUUCAGCCGACGAUACCAUACUAUAUUCGGUCAAGACGAACAGUGACACUUCCCGAAUCACAAAGCGAUCAAUCAGCUCAGUCAUCGCACAAAUCUAUGAUCCACUAGGAUUGCUCGCGCCGGUAAUCGUUCGAGCAAAAAUGAUUUUGCAACAAGUCUGGACAUUGAAGGUUUAUUAA